UCCUCCCUAAAUCUAUAACACUGUACGUUCUCAGACACAGACUGUUAAACUAAAGCAGAUGUUUAAGAGGAUAUACCACAGAAUAUACUGUCCGUUGUAUUGUGUGCAGCUCCUUAAAGUACCAAAGUAUAUUUUAAGGGAGCAAUUAGAAUUAGCCUUUAUAUGGAGCAGUCUGAGGAGAUUUAUGCUAAUGUUGACAGGAAGAGCUGUGGACAGGAGACAGUGAACAGGAGCAUAGAUAAACAACCUGAAUCUCAGAAUACUGAGCCUGAUAGCUCAGGGAAGAGAUCCUCCAGAGUUGCUGCAGUGUGUCUGGGUCUGCUGUGUGUUCUACUGGCUGGGAUCAUAGGCCUGUAUGUCCACUAUGAUGGGGUCUCUAAGAGCUUCUUAGCAUAUAAGACCAACUCAUCUGCAGAGAGAGACCAGCUACAGACCAGCUACAACAACCUGACUAAUGAGAGAGACCAGCUACAGACCAGUUACAACACCCUGACUAAAGAGAGAGACCAGCUACAGACUGAGUUAGAGAUUCUUAACAGGAGGCUUACCAAUCUCAGCUGGCAGAAGUUUGAAUCCAGUUGGUACUUCCUGUCUACCAAGACUAACACCUGGAACGAGAGCAGAGAGGACUGUCUGGAGAGAGGAGCAGACCUGGUGAUCAUAAACAGCGAUAAGGAACAGAGUCUGGAUUGGUCUGACUGA